GUGGCCGCGUCGGCGCCGUGCAGCUAGACACGGAGCGUUAUUGAUUCCAAUUGUUGGAAAUUUUCCGCUCGCCAAAUUUUACCGUCUCUACGCGCAGUCGCACAUCGAAGUAGGACAGUGGAAUGGGGUGAUUCAGAGGCGGAGGCUGCGCAGAAGAGAUGAAAUGAUGCGAAAGUCCGCUGGCAAUGUCCGCCACUUGUCGUCCGGACCCUCGCCCGUGAAUACGUAUUCAUUUAUUUCUCUCUUAAUAGUGAAGUAUACAUUGUUGUACUGAGUGCUGUGCAUAGCUGGUGUUCGAGCCUGGACGUUGGCAGAACUUUUGCGGCCAUCGAAACCAACAGCCGCAAGAUGACUGCAAAAGAUAAAUUGAUGAAGUGCAGGGAUUCUCUCAAAAAGUUUUUCAGGCACGACAUCUAUGGCGCCGUGACAGCAACUAAAGUCUGGCGAGAAACUCAGCACUACCACCGAUUGGGUAUCAAUACGUCACCGUCACCGGCGAUAACGCCGGUGCUGCGUCUGCGCGAGGAAGACAACAGGCUCUUCUUGUACGCGCUCAAGCGUACCGUCGAUAUCUACACGGACAACGCGCUCUUCGUCCAGCAAGCUAAAGAUUUAUUUCGAUACCUGUGCGAGAAUCGCGACCUUGCGCGCAUGUCCGACGAGGCGGCGGGACGCGAGCUACGCACCGCAUAAUGCGAGCUCACGCAGGCCGCCCGGUACCUGCGCUCAGUCAAAGAUUUUGCCGGCUUCUUACAUGCCGCUAUAAAAGUCAACAACUGCUAUGAACCAUUUAAGAAGUGUUUUAAAAUAUUGCGUCGGAAAACUUGGACGAACUCUGCGUGUCGUCAACGUUACAUUAACAGGAUGACGAUGAGCUUAAUCGUCUUCGAAAACCUUACCGAACUUAUCCCGCUACGUCUGCAAGCUUUCAUCGACACUUUGAUCCUUAAGGAACGCAACGGCUCUCCCAUAGACAGCGGCAUCGUGCUGACGUGGGGGCGGUUGCGGGAGAUCCGGGAGCGCGCUGUCAUGGUCGCGGGCAUGUACCGCAACGUGCGCGACCAGCCCCAGGCCUUGGCCGACUUGCCUCGCUACUGCUACUGGGAGAUCAUUUGGGCCAACGCGUCCGCGCAGGAGUUCCUCGCCCGGAUGUUGAGGCCCAGGUCCCGCGCCAUGGAGCCCUCGACCUACAUCCGCAACGUGCCCUACUACGAGGUCCCCAAGUGCCAGCUGCUGCUCACCAAGAUCGAGCUGCUCAGUUUGUGGCUCGUGGCCUGCUCCAUCUCCGAGGAUAAAGAAUCUCUCCAGUUCCUGCUUAAGCUGCUAAAGGAGGAAAUGGAGAAAGUCGAAAAGGAGAAGAAGAAAAGUCGUCGCAGACACGAGGAGAACGCGCUGGCAGCACUGUGCUUGCUGAAGGGGCACUGCUACGCCUCGCUGCUGUUGCCUCACCACGCCAUCAGAUGCUUCAAGAAGGUCGCCAGUCUUAAAACGAAGCGACGCAUGGACAAGUAUUUGAUCGGGUACGCCUUGCUCGAGUCUGCUAUAUGCCAUUACGACAUCGGCAUGGUAGAGAUCGCCCACCACAUACUAAAUGUUGCGAGGAAGCACUACAGCAGUGGCACUUGGGAGUUCCGCACCUUGGGCCGCGCUUACAGCAAAUACAUGAUGUUACACCGCUCCGAUUCACCCUAAUAAACUAAUAGUGUCAUUUUAGUCAUUAGUUAUAUAAGUGAACUGCAUUAAUAGUAGCAGUGGUUCAUAGCAGUUAAAAUACUGGCAAAAAGUGUUUAAAUGUUGUGCUAAAAAAAAACUAAAGAACAAAAAAAGUGAAAAAAUACGAAAAAUACAAAAAAAAUAAAUGUUGUGUUUUAGAAUAGAUCUUAAGCAGCUUUACUACAAAUGUAUUUGAAUUUAUGUAUUCAGAUGUAUUUGUUGAAAACUUCAAUAUAGAUUUAGUCAUUAUUUAAAUAUUGUAUAAAAAAAAAAGAC